GACCCCAUGGCCGAGUGGAUGACCCCAUGGCCGAGUGGAUGACCCCAUGGCCGAGUGCAUGACCCCAUGGCCGAGUGCAUGACCCCAUGGCCGAGUGGAUGACCCCAUGGCCGAGUGGAUGACCCCAUGGCCGAGUGCAUGACCCCAUGGCCGAGUGCAUGACCCCAUGGCCGAGUGCAUGACCCCAUGGCCGAGUGCAUGACCCCAUGGCCGAGUGCAUGACCCCAUGGCCGAGUUGUUGGGGUCUCGCAACCAUUCUUUUCUCCUCCCCCCCAUCCCUGUCGCUCCUUUUCCCGCCUCCCCUCCCUCCCCUCCCCCGCGGGCACCAUCGCCAUCGCCCCCCCAGGCUUACCAUCGGUCCCACCUCUCUCUUAUCAGCCCAACCCAACCACAUCCCUCCCUUCCAUACCUCCUACCUCCCUCUUCCCCACCUUCCCCCCCCACCGUCGCCCCUGACCCCCACGGCGGGCUCCAUCUGGACACCAGCCGCAACGUGAGCAAAGGCCAGCUGCUCGUGUCCGUGCCUCCCUGCCUGCAGCUCGGCCGAGCCUGGCCCGCAGGCUCAAGGGAGGUCGGGGUAGGAGGGGAAGAGGCAGAAGCAGCGGCAGAGGCAAGAGCGUUCAGUAUCCAGGCGCAUGAGUUUCCUGCAAGUUUUUGCCUCGAAGGUGCUGCCCGAUACGGUGAUCGCCCUGCAGGCCUUCCACCGCUGCUGCCUGUUUGGCAGCCAGUGACCCCCUCCGACCUCGCGUGGGCCAUGGGGUGUGCCUCGUCGCGCGCCUUCUCGUUCCCUGCCAAGGAGCAGGGGGAGGAGAAAGGAGAGUCGGUGCUGCUACCGGUGAUUGAUUUCGUCAACCAUAGCGCGUACCCAACGGCCCGCCUGUCGAUCCUGCCUCAUGAGACCUUCGAGCUGCCUGCGCUCCUCCCCCUCCCCCCGGGCGAGCCCAUCACCAUUGACUUUGGGCAGCACACCAACGACCAGUUUCUGCUUGGUUACAGCUUCAUUGCCCGCAUGAACGACCUCGACUCCGUGCCCGUGCCCUCCACCCCCCUGCUCUUAGGAACAGCAGCAGCUGCUGCUGCUGUGGUUGGCUUGGGGAACGAAGAGGAGGAGGCGGAGGAGGAUGCAGGAAAGGAGAGGGUGCAGGACAAGUGGGGCAGGCUGCUGGAAGGCGGAGGGGAGAGUGCAACAAAGGGAGGUGCUUGGAAGGCUUGGGCUGUUAGGGCAUGGAGCGGACCUCGAGGUGUAUAUUGGCGGCCGCUUGUACAUGGAGCCUCGGCUGCUGGCCGCCCUGCGAGUGCUCUACGCCCCUCCGUCUGUGGACGUGAGGCGGGUUCCGCUGCAGCAGCUGCAGGUGUUGGAGCCCGUGGGAGCACUGGGUAGGGAGCGUGAGCUGAGGACUGUGCGAAUGCUGCUGGGCAUCUGUGUGGGGAUUUCAAGGGACUUGGUUGGGCUGGUCAAAGGAGGGGUUCCCAAUACCAAGGGAGCCCUCACUAGUGGCCUGCUUGCGCCUCUUGUGA